GCCGAGUGCAACAUUAAAGUAGCCUAAUUGAAUGUCGAAAUAAAGUCAAGAAGUUUAAUUUAGGAUUUUUACGCCUUUUAUACAAUAAAAAUUAGUUGUAGAUGUGCCGAAAUUGAAUAUAAUAAAAAAUUUUGUGCUCAGAAUUUCAAAAUGGUUUCUACCCGUGGACCCAAACCUAAAUUUGAUAUCGGUGAGCGUGUUUUGUGUUAUGAACCUGACCCUAAGAAAAUUAAAAUGUUGUACGAUGCUAAAAUUCUUGAUCUAAGACCAAGUCAAAAGGGUUCUCCGGAUGAGAAAAACCGACGAGGAUUCGAUUAUUUUGUUCAUUUCCAGGGAUGGAAUUCAAGUUGGGACAGGUUCGUGGCUGAUGACAUGCUCCUAAAGGACAACGAAGAUACGAGGAAGGAACAAAGACUUCUUUACGAGGAAACAGAAGAGUUUAAAAUGAGAAAAGACAAAAGUAGAAAAAGAAAAUCAACUGACAAGACGAGGGCUAGUUUGGAUUCGAACCCGAUCAGUCCUGUUCCUUCAGAUACAUCAUCAGAGUUUAAAUAUCAGAUGAAGCGAGGUCGGGAGGAGAGGAUGAGUCUGCUGGACUCCGAGGACGAGGAGAUUCAGUUCAAGAGGAACUUCAGCGAGGAGCUGGUAAACCAGAGCAGGGAGGAGUUGGACUACAAGGAGGAGCAUGAUCCUUCUUCAAGUCCAAGGGAGAAUGGAAAUGAUGAUGAACCUGAUGAUGAGAAGGUUGAAGGUGGUGUUGAUGAGACCGAGGAUAUUUGUACCGAACCUAUCCCUCUCAACCUACCACAACAACUAAAAACUGGACUUGAACUAGACUUUAAGUUUAUCUCAGAUGGAAAGCUGGUUAAACUUCCUGCUCAACCUAAUAUUAUAACACUUCUGGAGGGAUAUGUCAGAAACUACGCUAUUAACCGGUUAUCCGCAUUAGAGAAACAAAACCAGAAGCAACAUCAAUACAGACAGCCUGAGAAGCAGGAAAGCGAACUAUUCGAGGAUGUCAUCGCGAGUAUAAAUAUUGUUAAGGAAGUAGCUGAAGGAUUAAGAAUCAUAAUAGAUUUUCAUCUCUCCACGUUCCUUCUCUACCCACAAGAAAGUGAACAAUUCAUAAAAUCAAAGAGUAUCCGUCCUCACAUGGAAAGCAUUGAACGCCUGGUGUCUGAAAGCUCUCCAAUACCUCCCCUUGAACCCAUUGUGAAGACGAAAUCAAACUCUGUAAAAAAAGACUCUUCAGAAGAGGUUGUGAAAAAGAAACCUUCCCGAAAAUCCACGAAAAAAGAAAGCGAAUGUGAAAAUCCGCUAGUUCACGGAUCAGCUGGAAGCACAGCUAGCGCCAGCAGCGGCGCGGAAACCCCGGUCCUUCCAUCCUCAAACCAUACUCAGUAUCCACAGUCCAAGAAAUCUCAUCAAAUACUGCGGGAACUCUACAGUUGGAAACUACUCCCAGAGUCGGUUUAUUUCGAAGAACCGGUUCCGGCCAGUCUUAUCUAUGGUGGUGUUCACCUAGCUAGGUUUAUGGUCAAGCUUCCAGAUAUUUUUCUCAAGAUGAGAUUUAAGAACAAGAAACUCAAGUUUAUCUCAAAGUUUAUUGAGUUCUUGGUGGAAUAUAUCUCGUCUCAGACAGACAUUUUUGCCCCGGCGGUUUAUCAAUGAAAUUAUGAUUAUUUAA